AUGAGUGGAAAAAUCAAAACAGUUGAAUCAAAUAUUGCUAAAAUCUCGACAGAUGAUGUACAUGAAGAACGUGCCCAUAAACUUGGAAAAAGGUUGGGGGAGCCAAUGAAAAUGUCUACCUUGAGCUCCCAAUUCCACCUCCCAACCAAGUAUCUUGCAACUUCAACUUCAAAUCCUUCAUUUCUCAUCCCCACUACUUCACAACAAAAACACCCUGCAUAUCCAACAAUAUUAUCAUCUCUACCUUCUGAAGCUACAAGUAUCCUUCCACCAACAGUAGCAUAUGCUAGAAAAUCCAAGGCCUUAGUUAUACAACAUGAACAAGUCAGUGGGAACUCGUCGUUGUCGAGGUCAAGGAAUUUGAUAAUGGGAGUUGUUUCUGUUGGAGUUGUGGUGUUUCUGAUGGGGAUGGACGGGCAGAAAGCUAUGGCUUUGGGUCCUGAAGGGCCGCUGAUGGAAGAGUUUUGGGAUAAUGUUAGGAGAUAUGGACUUUACGCUCUCACAGUGAGCACAGGUGCUCUGUACGCUACCUUCCAGCCUAUAUACGAGUUGUUGAAGAACCCCAUCUCUGCAAUUCUGGUGUUGGUAAUAUUAGCCGGCGGUAUCUUCAUCCUUUCCCAAGUGGUUACAGCCAUGGUUGGUGUCUCUGAUUUUACUUAUGAUUAUGGAUAUUGA